AUGAACAAGGCGACGAUCCUGGAGCUGGCGAAGGGGUUCCGCGGGCGAGCGAAGAACUGCAUUCGCGCCGCGAAGCCGCGCGUGGAGAAGGCGCUGACGUACGCGUACCGCGACCGGCGCACGAAGAAGCGCGACAUGCGCGGACUUGCGAUCGAACGCGUCAACGCGGGCGCGCGGCAAUACGGGGUGAGUGACAGUACGGGGCGAGUGAGGCACGCGAUUGAACGCCCGUCCAUUCAUCCUCGCUACAAGCAGGUGCGGUACAGUGAGAUGGUGCACGGCAUGCAGCAGGCCAACGUGCAGCUCAACCGCAAGGUGCGGUACAGUGAGAUGGUGCACGGCAUGCAGCAGGCCAACGUGCAGCUGAACCGCAAGGUGCUGUCAGAGAUAGCCGCCUCCGAGCCCUUCACCUUCCGUGCCCUCGUUGACCUCGCCCGCCAAACCCUCCACAUCCAACGGCCACAAAUCCCCAUGUGA